AUGACGUCCGAGAAGAUGGGCAAUGAAAAGGCUUCCGUCACCCAUAAUGAAGAGGUCCUCUCACCAACCCAGACAUUGGACUAUCCUCUCAAGCCUGAUCCAGAUGCCACCACACGCUUCGAUUAUUCGGGUGCUCACGAGAAGACCGACCCCGAAGAGAUCAAGUUGGUCAAGAAACUUGAUCGAUGGAUCAUGCCAAUGCUGUGGGGAAUGUACUGGCUGAACUAUCUUGACCGCAACGCCAUCGCCCUCGCCCGUCUGAACAACUUGGAGGAAGACCUCAACUUGAGCAGUUCGCAAUACCAGACCUGCGUUUCCAUCCUGUUCGUCGGAUACAUUCUAGGCCAGAUCCCGUCCAACAUGCUCAUCACCCGCGUUCGCCCAUCGUACUACAUGUCCGCUGGUAUGGCGCUUUGGGCGAUCGUCUCGGCUCUCACUGCAUUGAGCAAGGACUUCACCGGUCUCCUCUUGACUCGAUUCUUCUUGGGAAUUGUGGAGGCUCCAUACUACCCUGGCGCUCUCUAUCUGCUCGGUAUCUUUUACACCCGUAAGGAGAUCGCUACCAGAAUUUCCAUCUUGUACACUGGCAACAUCCUCGCGACUGCGUUUGCUGGUCUCAUCGCCGCUGGCAUCUUCAAGAUGGACGGCAUGGGUGGCCUCGCCGGCUGGAAGUGGCUCUUCAUCAUCCAAGGCGCCGCAACCUUUGUCCUCGCCAUCGCCUCGGCCUUCGUCCUACCUGAUGAUCCUCUGCAGACCCGCUGGCUUAGCCAGGAAGAACGCGAACUUGCCAAUGCUCGUAUCGUUGCAGACACGGUCGGCGCAAAGCACCAGAGCAGCUCAUGGUCAGGUCUGAAGGCUGCUGCCAGCGACCCAAAGAUCUGGCUCUUCGCCUUCAUGCAGCACAUGCACUUGGCAGCAAACGGCUUCAAGAACUUCUUCCCCACCGCCGUCGAGACACUCGGUUUCGGUCAAACCAUCACCCUCGUCCUCACCUGCCCACCCUACCUCAUCGCCGGCGUCGUCAGCAUCUUCUGGAGUUGGAGCUCAGGAAGGUACAACGAGCGAACAUGGCACAUCACCGUCGCCAAAGCCGUCGCCAUCUUCGGCUUCAUCCUUGGCUGUGCAACACUCAACACAGGCGCGAAAUACUUCGCAAUGGUCGUCUUCGCCUGCGGCACCUACGCCGUCAACUCCAUCAUCCUCGGCUGGGUCUCGGCGACCUGUGGCCAAAGCAAGGAAAAGAAAGCCUCCUCGCUCGCCAUCGUCAACACCAUCGCCAACGCCUCCUUCAUCUGGACGCCCUACCUCUGGCCCAGCUCCGACGAGCCGCGCUACGUCAUCGCCAUGUCGUCCAGCGCGGCUUUCUCGUUUGCGUGCGCGAGUGGGGCUUGGGUGAUGAGGUUUUGGCUGCAGAGGCUGAAUAGCAAGAUACGGCAGUCGGAGGAUGAGGGGGUGUUGAGGUUUGCUUAUUAG